GACCUUCCAACGUGUAGCAACGAAACGCUACUAUUAAACUACACGAACGCCGUAUUCCGUUGACCACCAACCCAGCCGCCGCUUGCAAGGUCUUGCGGAGUUGCAACCAACUCACCAAAGCAAGCGAGCUAUGGACGCCAGCCGCAACGGGGGCCUCGAGACCGGCGCCGAGCUCGUGCAGGCGCAGGCCGAGCUUUGGAACCACGUCUUCGCGUACACCAGGUCCAUGUCCCUCCGGUGCGCCGUCGAGCUCGGCAUCCCCGACGCCGUGCACCGCCACGGCGGCGCCGCGACGGUCCCGGAGCUUGUCGCGGCUCUAUCCCUGCCGCCCUCCAGGGCGCCGUACCUGCGCCGCCUCAUGCGGCUGCUCGCCCACGCAGGGUUCUUCUCCUUCGACGACGCGGCCGCCGGCUACGGGCUCACCCCUCUCUCGCGCCUCCUCGUGUGCUCGCCCGGCGCGGGUGGGCAGGACCUCUCGCCGUUCGCGCUCGCCAUGCUGCACCCGGUCAUCGUGUCGCCGUCCAUGUCCCUGGCGUCCUGGUUCCGGGCCACCGACGCCCGCAACGCCGCGGCGCGCGUCCCGUUCGACGCCGCGCACGGCCGCGACUUCUGGGCGGUGGCGAAGGACGACCGGGAGUUCGGCGCGGCGUUCAACGACGCCAUGGCGUGCGACGGCCGGUUCGUGACGGACGUGCUCGUGCGCGACCACAGCUACGUGUUCCGGGGCCUCGCCUCGCUGGUCGACGUCGGCGGCGGGUCCGGCGGCGCUGCCAGGGCCAUCGCCGCCGCGUUCCCGCACGUCAGGUGCAGCGUCCUGGAGCUGCCGCACGUCGUCGCGAGCGUCCCGCCGGGUGAACGCGGCGGCGUGGAGUUCGUCGCAGGGGACAUGUUCGAGCACGUCCCCAAGGCCGACGCUGUCCUCCUCAAGUGGAUCUUGCAUGGAUGGGACGACGAGGAGUGCGUGCGGAUACUACGGCGGUGCAGGGAGGCGAUCCCGACGAAGGACAGCGGCAGGGUGAUCGUGAUGGACCUGGUGGUGGGAUCGAGCCCGGCGGACGAGAGGGCCACCGAGACGCAGCUGUUGUGGGACGUGAUGAUGAUGGGUGUGGUCGGGAGCCCCGAGCGGGACGAGCGCGAGUGGCGCAAGAUAUUCGAGGACGCGGGCUUCAGCGGUUACAAGAUCGUGGCCGUCCUCGGGAUUCGGUCAGUGAUCGAGGUGUACCCUUGAUUUCUUAUAUGGCACAAGCAGACUAUCCACCACGUACUCUUCAGUGUAACAGAUACUUGUAAAACGCAAAAAUAAUCCCUACGGACACCAGAAAGAACAUGGUUUUUCAUGCGAUGAAUAACCAAAGAAUCCACCUGCAAUGCAGCAGAAUAGAGGUCCAUAAGCAACAUAGCAUUAGUGUUACACAGGGUAACUGCGACCAGGGUUCGUGAUAUAGCUACAGAAGUGACAGGAGCUUUUACUUGAUACAUAAACGGUACAUCAAAGCUGACAGACCAUCCCAUAAAGAUUUGCAUACGGGGUACAUGGAGAGACCAUGGCACUUUGUGGGCUUCAUAUGAGACCUCAAAAAACUGCAUGGAGUGCAUCAGGACACCUGAGACCAGAACCAUAAUACCUGGGGUGUUUAGCUGAGGCAUGUACAGGAGUGGUUCACCAAAGAUCAUUCGUUGACUUCUUGUGCAAAUGACUAAUUAGCUUGUGCAGAGCAACAGAGGCGAUGAGGUCAAAAGGCAGCUUACGGCAUACUCUGUGGAGUACUGGGAAAGUAAAACUUACUGAGUAACUUGGAAGUACUCUGAACAUCAUUGAAGGAGCAUCACAUUCCCAAGGGAGCGGCACAGAGAGCUGGAAGAGCGGCACUCGGGGUGGAGCGGUUGUACCCAAACAAGUCUAGCAUCCGUGGAUUUUGGCACUCAGUCUCAUAGUUCCCUUCCUUGACACCAUCAUCAUCUGCUGGCAAGAUUUUCUCGGUCAAGGAAAAACCAAAAAGCCUGCAGCUAGUUUUGCGAACCUCCCUUCCACCAGAUCCAAACUUGGCAGUAUCUCCAGGUGCUGAAGCUCUUCUAGUCUCAAAUUGCUCCAAACUAAUUUGACCAGGCGCUUCAUGCUGUGUUCUGGUCUGAGUUUCCCACGGUAUAUCAAAUGGGCUAGGCUGACUGCCAUUUGCACCUUCGCCAUUAGUCUUGCUUGCCAAUCCAAGCUGUGAAACCACUGUCCGGUUAAA